ACUAGAGAUCAACGAUCAAAAUCUCAACAAACAAACAAAUUAACCAGAAAUCAAUAACCAUGGCAAUCACAUAUCAUCUAGCAAAGCUGCGCUAUGUUCAUGUAGACCGUCCUGGGUCCUUCUCACACCCUCCAUGCAUAGAAUUUCUUCAUAUUCAAAGCAGCAGAGCUUCGACAUCAACCAGCUUGAGCUUGGGAAUCUAUGGCUGGACGAAGCAAUGCAAACCCAUGGUUGUCCGGAGCAUGGCUUCCUCAUUUGGUUCCAGGCUCGAGGAGAGAGUUAAGAAGACCGUGAUUAGUAACCCAGUUGUUGUUUACUCCAAGACUUGGUGCUCGUAUUCUUCGGAGGUGAAAUCAUUGUUCAAGAAACUUGGUGUGGAGCCUUUGGUCAUUGAACUGGAUGAUUUGGGCCCCCAAGGUCCCCAAGUGCAGAAGUUGCUGGAGCGGCUUACUGGGCAACACACUGUUCCAAAUGUUUUUAUUGGGGGUAAACACAUUGGUGGCUGUACAGAUACUGUCAAACUUCAUCGUAAAGGAGAACUGCAAUCUUUGCUGUCAGAAGCUAUUGCUAAAAGUAAUAAGAAAAGAAUUGACGAGGACUUCUCUUCCGAUGACGGAUAUUGAGGUUAGGAUGUCUCGAACGUAUGAUAAUAAUGCAUUAUCAUUGCCUCGUAGGAUUGAAACCGGGAAAUGUUUUAAGGUUUGAGGA